AUGGCCGAGGCAGCAAACGGGACCAGACUGGCUGCAGGCCAAUUACUGCAAGCGGCCGUCCAACAACAGCUCCAACAGCUCCAGAGAGCUCAGGGAAAGAAUGGACAAGCACUGGGCCAGCAGACGCAGCAGAAGAGAGCGCAGAACUAUCAGUUUACAAUGACACUGCAGGAAAUACUUCGUAAAUAUCAGCGGUAUCCUCCGUCUCUCACAUUUCACAUAUACGAGACCCAUUUUCGGUUUAACAAUACUCAGGAUUCGAAUAUAAUACCCAAGGAGAGUCCCAUGAUCAAGAGUUUCAUGAAACACCUCAUCAAGGAGGAGAUCCCUGCGGAGAUGAUGGAGCUUUUGCGAGAUUUAUCGAUUAAAUUCUAUGAUGGGUGUUUGGUGGUGCAAGUGUAUGACCACCGGAAGAAGAAGGGCGAGGAGUCGGGCGCGGCAAGUGAAGAUGCCAAACUGACGGAUGCAAAAAGCGAGGAUGCCUCCGCUACUUCUGAUGCUAAGGAUAAGGAACAAAAGCCUCCAGAGCCGGCGCUUAAACCUCGUAAGUAUAGGGCGCUCUUGAGACCCACUCCUCAAUCGCUUUACUUCGACUUGCUAUAUCAUACAGACUCUGCGCUUACUCGCUUCACAGACCAUUUUGCGCUCCAGAUGGAAUCUGAGCUCCUUACCCUCACCAAUCGCAACCUAGAUCUUUCUGUCCCUCUAAACCCAUACCUUCAGCAUGAACACUUAAAACCAGAGCAUGAAUUUCCGAAGAAGGUGUAUGACAAGGACAAAAAAGAGGACAAAUUGCUCCAUCUUUAUCGUAAGGAGACUCCUCAGGAAAUCCGCAAGUUGCACGAGGAGCAAAUGACUAUGCACAAGUCUUCUGAGUAUGAAGAAUUGAUGCUCUUGCUUUCAAGCAAGUAUUCUAGCUCACUGGAUAUGACCUCGGAUAAGAAACUCGUGAUCGUUGGACCAACACUCUCGCUUUCAUCAGACCCUGUAAGUCUCGAAAGUACUCCGCUCAACACUGGCUUGUAUGGUGCGAGCGAUAACAAAAGAACUGAGAACACGGCAGCCGCUCCAGUCAUACCUUCGAGCAAUAUUACUUCCAACCAGUUUAUGAGAUUGAGAUUCAUUGAAGAAAUCAGAAAGCGCAAGGAAUCACAAAAGGCUCAGGCGGGCGCCGCGGUCGCUGCUCUGACACAAAGUGCUUUCCCCUCCAGUCAAGCACGUCCAGGUGGUAUUGAAUCCAACGGCACAUCCGCACAGCCUGUAAACCGUCGCCCACAAGCACCUCCACAGUCUCAAAUGGGUGCAAGAGAACCCGCAGCUUCAAUGAAUCUGAUGAAUACCCAAAGAAUGCAAACCCAACAGCCACCUAUGCCGAGAGCACCCCUCAGUGGCCUGCAGCAGUCAGUACAACCACAGCUUGCUCAGUCAUAUAACAAUAUGAAUCUGCAAGGAUCCAUGCCGAGACAAGGGGCACCAACCCAAGCACAACGCUCACAAGCCGGAUCGAGAGGACCUAUGCACCAACCACAUAUGCCACAACAGAUGUCCUCGGCGAACUCACCCAACUACAUUGGCUCGCCUGUUGGAGCAAAUGCUAGAAUCCAGUCGGGAGUGCAACGUCCAAUGAACACGAUGCCGAAUCAAGGCGUUAUGCAGCAAGGACAGAUUCCAAGAGGUGGACAGAAUCCUCAAUUGGCCAAAACAAAUAAUUCGCAGCGAAACAUGCAAGAACGAUACUUAUCACAACAAAACGACUUCGAUCAAUCUGCACAAGCACAAGCAGCUAAAAGGCAAAAAAUGCAAAACAAUGCAGGAGGCCAGAUUCCACAGCAAAACCAAUACAACAUGGUUGGAAAUAGACCACAACAGAUGCCAAAUAACGGCCUCAUAGGCAAUUCAAUGCCAAACAAUUCAAUGCAAAGUGGUAGAAUGAAUAAUGCUGGAACUCUCUCUUCUCCACUGAUGUCUCAUGGUGCGACUGUUCAACAACCCAUGAAGAAUCCUAAUAAUUCGACUCAACAACUGAGUGGAAGGCCAAACACACAGCCCGGUGCUGGAAGAUCUGGACCCCAAUCAGCAACUCAACUGCAGCAACAGCAGAUAUUCCAAAUGAUGUUGUCUCCGCAAGAGCAACAAUUAUUCCGUCAAAUGCAAACCAGAGUAAGUGCACUUGUUCAAAUGGGUAACACUGGUCUUACACCAAAUAGAACUAGAUUGACACCUGAGCAGCAACAGCGCGCAAUGCAACAAGGAAAAGCUUUACAGCAGCAAAUGAUUCAAAAGUUCAGUGCCUACUUUCAAAAGCUUAGACAGCUUCAAGUUAUGCAGCAGCAGCGUCAGCAACAGAUGCAAAGGCAACAAAUCCAAAUGCAACAAAACCAAAUGAGCGACAAUUCAAUGUAUUCUCUGCAAAACAAUGGGAUGGGCAUGAAUCUGCCUGCUUUGCCAGAUCAAGUAAUCGGUCUGCCAAUGAUGUCUCAACUUAACAACGGCAUGCCGCAAGGCCCUGGAAAUUAG